ACCAUCCACCACCACCACCACCGUGCAGGGGAGACCUCGCCGCCCCAAGAGAGAGACGAAGAACCACCAGAAGGAGAACAAGCCCGGGUUGAUCCCCUUGCGUCGAUCGGAGAUCUGCAGCAUCCUGAUCGGUAGCCUCGGCGCCAUCCUCGUCCUGGUCAUCGCCUUCUUGAGCGUCCGCCUGAUACGCACUACCCGUUCUCCUUCUCCUCCUUCUCCCACGCCCACGCCCACGAAGACCGUCACCAGCGUCUCUACCGUUCACGGGGUGGAGGAGACGAUGGUCACGAGACUUGAGGAUGAGGAGUACGAUGAGGAGUACGAUGAGGAGGACGAUGAGGAGGACGAUGAGGAGGAAGAGGCACAGAUGUCGGGGGUUUGUUUGGAUGCGGCGGGAGAGCUUUCGAUGUGUCGGGUGACGGAGACGGGGUAUUGGGCGUGAUGGAAGUUGAUGUGGAUAUGG